AUGGGCAAUACUAAUCAUCCCGCUAACUGUCAUGUUCUCCACGAACAAGAAUUUCUAUCGAAUCAAUGCCUUCAUUUUGAUCGGGAUUUGUACAUUCAUCAAAUAUUCGUCCAUUUAUCGUUUCAAGAAUUGUUCAAAUGUAGACAAGUUUCUAGAUGUUGGAAUUAUAUGGUUUUGCAAGUGAGGAAUGUUCAUGUUAUUAUCAGUGAUACGAAACAGAUUGAUUCCUUUGAAAAGGUCAUGAAGAAGGGAAUUUUUCAUAAUGUUGCACAUCUUUCCACUCCGAAAUUGUGUAUCAAAUAUUUGGGAAAAUACAUGAGGAAUUUGGAGAGUAUUCAUGUUGUAAAGAGAUUGGAACCAAAUGCUACUAUUCUACAAUGUCAAUGUUUGGAAGGAUUGGAUAAUUUGAAGGAAAUUGUGUUUAAGGGAAGUCAAGUGGUGAAUGCAAAAUUGAUGAGAAAUUGCAAGAGUUUGAAACGAAUAGAAAUUAGAUACUUGAAGAAUAAUGAGUUUUGGGAGAAUAUUGUUUCUCCAUUGGAAGAAUUUGUAAUAUUUAAUGUGAAAAUGGGAUUUAAUUCAUGGAAAGUAUUGGUGUGUAAUAUCAAAAAGAGUUUAAAAGUUUUGAAAAUUGGAAAAUGUACAUUUACAAAAUUAGAAUAUGAUGAAAUGUCAGAGUUUCAGAAUUUGGAAUCGUUGACUUUGACUCAAAUGAGUGAAGUGACUGAUGAAUGUUUCAAAUUUUUUUCCAAUUUGAAAUAUUUGAAAAGUUUGAAAAUUCAGUCGUGCAAUUUGAGUAGUGAAGCAUGCUAUCAUUUAAAUAGCUUGAAAAAACUCACUAAGCUUGAUAUGAGCGAUAAUAUUAUUGAUCAGUUAUCAUUUAUUAAUGGAAUGAAAGAGAUUCGAUCUUUAAAAUUGAUGGAUAAUAGAUUGGGGAAUGAAGGAUGUCUAUUCGUAUCAGCAUUACCCUCAAUAACAAAACUUUUCUUGACAGGGAAUGAAAUUUCUAACGAAGGGUUGUUGCACAUCUCCCAAAUGACAAAUUUAACAGACCUAGAUUUGGGAAAUAAUAAGAUAACUUCCAUCGAAUUAAUAACAGAGAAUUUGACUAAACUUCAAAAAUUAGGUAUCUAUGUCAAUAGAAUAUCAUCAGCCGAUGUUUCCAAAUUGGUGGAUUUAAGGGAAUUGAACUUUUCUCACAACAAAUUGACUAGUUUAAAAGGUCUCAACAAUCUAAAACAUUUACAAAAUCUAUUUCUUUAUGGAAAUAAGUUAGCCACAAAAUUGUUCACCUCUGAGAGUCACUUCCCAAAACUUGAAUACCUCGAAGUUCAAUCCAUGGACAAUAUCAACCUUAAAAUAUUAACUAAGGAACGAUUUCCAAAACUCAUCCGAAUAACUGAAGACAAGUAUGAUUUGAGAAAUGAACAACUUGAUCAAAAUUAA